GAUUGGCUUACCGGGGACAUCCUUGGUUUUCCAGUCUAUCUUCAUGAACUACUGGAAGGCAGCGAGAUCUAUCUCCCUGAAGUGGAGAAACCUCCAAGGAAUCCAGAGUUGGUGGCCCGUCUGGAGAAGAUAAAGGCUAAGCUAGCCAAUGAGGAAUACAAGCGGAUAACAAGAAACAUCAACUGCCAGGAAUUGAACCAGUAUGGGACUCUAGCUGAUUUGGGAAGGCAAGUUAGGUCCAUGAAAGCUGUGGUCAUCACCAUAUUCAACUUCAUUGUCACGGUGGUGGCUGCAUUUGCCUGCACAUACCUCGGCAGUCAAUACGUCUUCACAGAAACAGCAGCACGUGUGCUGUCGGCUGUGAUCGUGGCUUCAGUGGUGGGUUUGGCUGAACUGUACGUCAUGGUGCGGACCGUGGAAGGGGAGCUUGGAGGACUGUAGUCAGGAGACUAUCAUUUAGACUGUGAUCCUUACACUAGGAGGUCUUUUACACCUCUGUGGGUUAAUUAUUUGUCCACAGGUAUGUUUGGUUCUGGUCUAGUGGAUCCCGGUGCUUCCUACAGUUUCCUCGCACCAUGUCCCUUGCCUGUCUGCCGCAGUUGAAAUGGAUUCCCAGAUGCACUGGCUGGGGAUUCUGGCAUGGAACAGAAGAGUCAGCAGCAGUGGGAGGAUUCCAGUCCAUGAAUGGGACAGGGAGAGGUGGGGGGUUUGUUGCUGCCUCUCAUCUUCUAGCUCUGUCCCUUGUUAGAAACAAAUGAAUUCUGUGUGCACAAGAAUGACUUUCUCCUGCCCCAAGGCAGAUUCCUAGGGUGGAGAUGCUGCACAUGAAAUGCCUGCACUGAGUAUCUGGGCUUCUCUCUGUCCUCUUUAGCUUCUGCUCUAUCACUUCUAGCAAAGCCACUUCUUUAAUGCUCUUCACUGUCCUGCAUGAUGCUCUAGGUAGACAGUGUUAGGGGAGAGCAGAGUUUGUACAGAGCAUGAGCAUUGCCAGCUCUUGACUGAAGCAGGGAUGCCUGGCCCAGGCCUGCACUCAUGGCAGUGUAUUUUCUCCCCCAUGCAGCCAGCUGCUCUCCUGGAGAAUGAGGGCUCCUUCUCCCAUGCUGGUCUUCCCAUACUGGAAAAUUGCCUAACUCAAAAGGUGUUGCUGCCAAUACAGGAAAUUCUUUAUCUGUUAAGAAAGGUCUUCUAGAGAAACUGAUCGCAGAAGUAUAUAUUAAAGAUGGCUUAGGUAUAGGUAAUCAUAUCUUACAAACAGUCUGAAUAUAGAUACAUGUGCUACUUUAAUAAGGCCAAUUUUUCAAAGCUCAAAACAGUUGACCCAAAUGAGCUGGGAGGGGAGAUUUAAGCACAAAAAUGUAAAUUAUAAUUGGAAUAAUUUAAGAAUUCCUUACUAGAUGUCCAAAAUUAUAUAAACAAGGAAGAAGGAGAUACUGGUUAAAAACUGACUUUGUUUGGAGGGGAAAGGAAGGCAGAUAUUAAAAAAUACGAAUGAAAGAAAGAUGCAGUGGAGAAGGAUGUCAGAAGUUAGAAACUAGAAAAUGAUUAAGGGAAGCAAACGGACACAAGGACAAAUAACAGGUGGGGUUCCACAGGUGUCUGUUUUGGGAUUGGUUCUGUUUAAUAGCUUCAUCAAUGAUUGAGAUAAUGGUGUAGAGAGGACACUUACUAAAUUUGCAGAUGAUACCAAGCUGGGAGGGGUUGCAACUGUUUUGGAGGAUAGGGUCAUAAUUCAAAAUGAUCUGGACAAACUGGAGAUAU